CAUCGUCGAGUGUAGCUUCGCCUUGGAAGAGUGGAGUUCAGAACGCCGACACGAGCGUUUCCCUCGUCACGAGUACCGCUCGUCGUUCAUUCUCAGACUCGACUCGCGACGGCUGGCUGCACUCCUCGGUUCGGUUGCACUCGGCCGCAUACGCACCGCACUUCGUUUCGACACGUCGAACGCGCACGCACGGAUUCCAGGGAUCGACCCACGGCAGGAUAGAGGAGUCUCGACAGGUCCAGGAGAAGAAAUCAGCUGUUUCCUUUCAUAGCGUACCGUUUUUUGAAAGAAAAGCAAGAUGAGGGAAAUCGUGCAUCUACAGGCUGGACAAUGCGGCAACCAGAUCGGCGCGAAGUUCUGGGAAGUUAUUUCUGAAGAGCACGGCAUCGACCAGUCGGGCAUUUAUCACGGUGACAGCGAUCUACAGCUCGAACGAAUCUCUGUAUACUAUAAUGAAGCGUCUGUCGCGACAUCCACGAACGGAGGGAAAUAUGUACCGCGCGCGAUUCUUUUGGACUUGGAACCGGGAACGAUGGACGCCGUUCGUUCUGGUGCUUACGGAAAGCUCUUUAGACCGGACAAUUUUGUGUUUGGACAAUCUGGUGCAGGAAACAACUGGGCAAAGGGCCACUACACCGAGGGUGCUGAGUUGGUGGAUAUGGUUCUCGAUGUAGUACGAAAGGAAUGCGAGAACUGCGACUGUCUUCAGGGCUUUCAACUCACCCAUUCGCUGGGAGGUGGUACUGGGUCCGGCAUGGGCACCUUGCUGAUCUCAAAAAUUCGUGAGGAGUAUCCCGAUCGAAUUAUGAACACUUACUCGGUGAUGCCGUCACCCAAAGUAUCUGAUACUGUCGUGGAACCCUACAACGCGACCUUGUCAGUGCAUCAAUUGGUGGAGAACACUGACGAGACCUAUUGUAUCGAUAAUGAGGCCCUGUACGACAUUUGCUUCCGCACUUUGAAGGUUUCCAACCCGAGUUACGGCGAUCUCAAUCAUUUAGUUUCGCUCACUAUGUCUGGAGUAACCACUUGUCUUAGGUUUCCUGGCCAACUGAACGCCGAUCUCCGAAAGCUCGCGGUGAACAUGGUUCCCUUUCCACGUCUGCACUUCUUCAUGCCGGGCUUCGCGCCUCUAACAUCCAGAUCGAUGCAACAAUAUUCCGCGCUCUCCGUACCAGAACUCACACAGCAGAUGUUCGAUGCAAAGAACAUGAUGGCGGCCUGCGAUCCACGCCACGGUCGAUAUCUCACCGUGGCGGCUGUAUUUCGCGGUAGAAUGUCGAUGAAGGAGGUCGACGAGCAGAUGCUCAGCGUGCAGAAUAAAAAUAGCUCGUACUUCGUCGAGUGGAUACCGAACAACGUGAAGACCGCCGUGUGCGACAUCCCGCCGAAGGGCCUGAAAAUGUCGUCCACCUUUAUCGGCAACACCACUGCUAUACAGGAAUUGUUUAAGAGGAUCUCCGAACAGUUCACAGCGAUGUUCAGACGAAAGGCUUUCCUCCACUGGUACACCGGCGAGGGUAUGGACGAGAUGGAGUUCACCGAGGCCGAAUCCAACAUGAAUGAUCUGGUAUCUGAAUACCAACAGUACCAGGAAGCCACGGCGGAAGAGGACUUCGAGGCGGAGGAGUGCGCUGAUGACUUCGAAACCUGCGAGCAGGAAAACUGAAAAUUGCAGCGCAACGUUCCCUUUUACUAGAUUUAUCCAGCUUCUCUGUCUCUAUCUCAUCAUCGUAGGAAUCGCAUGACUGAUCGUAUAAAGCUCGCGAGAAGCCGUUUUUUGAUACUUUUAUAUGCAAUAUGCGCUUUAUAAUCGCUGAGCGUAAUGUAGGCGAUCGAUUUUUUUAUGAAUUGUGUGAUAUCGAAAUAUUUAUAAAGAGAUCAAUAUUCAAAAGCAAAUAAAAUUGCAGCGAAUAUUAAAUUAAUAUGAAAAAUAAUUAUUUAGAAUGUAAAAUAGCUUCUUCUAUUAUUGAUCUUGUGUUAUGUCUAUAAUACGCCUAUGUAAUAUUCAGCUUUACUAUAUAGUGACAAUCGUAAGAAUUUUCAUAUGCCGUUUGGACAAAUGUGGUAUGAAUUGGAAUGUAAUAAAAAUUGUUGAAAAAUCAAAUUUUCA